CUUGAAUUUUGCUGUUGAAAUAAAAUUUCUGCCAACACUGUAGCCGAAGCGUCCGAUGGACAGCUCAUCCCUCGUUCUAAAACGUCAACUCGUUCAUUCGGGUUUCCGUUCUACUGCAAGCAACACCUCUUUCAACAAUGGCGGACGCAGCUCCAGCCCGUGGUGGAUUUAGAGGAGGAUUUGGUUCUCGCGGCGGUGGUCGUGGACGUGGCGGCGGUCGCGGAAGAGGUCGUGGACGUGGGCGCGGUCGUGGUGGUAAGGAAGACUCCAAAGAAUGGGUACCAGUAACCAAGCUUGGUCGCCUAGUUCGUGAUGGCAAAAUUCGCACCCUGGAGGAAAUCUACUUGUACUCGCUGCCCAUUAAAGAGUUCGAGAUCAUUGACUUUUUCCUGAACCGUUCGCUCAAGGACGAGGUGUUGAAAAUUAUGCCCGUUCAAAAGCAGACUCGUGCCGGUCAGCGUACCCGUUUCAAGGCAUUUGUCGCUAUCGGCGAUAGCAAUGGGCACAUUGGCCUGGGCGUCAAGUGCAGCAAGGAAGUUGCCACCGCUAUUCGAGGAGCGAUUAUUCUUGCCAAGCUGUCUGUUGUUCCAGUUCGUCGUGGAUACUGGGGUAAUAAGAUUGGUAAACCCCACACCGUACCCUGCAAGGUCUUCGGAAAAUGUGGCUCGGUUUUAGUGCGUCUAAUUCCGGCUCCUCGCGGUACUGGUAUUGUUUCCGCUCCGGUUCCGAAGAAACUGCUGCAAAUGGCAGGUAUUGAAGAUUGCUACACGAUGACACGUGGAUCAACCACAACGCUUGGUAAUUUCGCCAAGGCUACCUAUGCGGCCAUCGCUAAGACCUACGCUUUCCUUACACCGGACCUGUGGAAGGAUCUGCCAUUGAGCAAGACCCCAUACCAGGAGUAUGCUGAUUUCCUAGAGAAGACCAGCAAGACCGGACAGCGCAUCAUUGAAUUGUAAGAAAUUACGACUGAUGUGCUAAAACCAGUUACCUGCGCCUAGUACAGGUACAAAAAUAAAGAAAGCUCUCAUACGAGAACCUACCAAAUACGA